AUGCCACGAUUAUUAGGAUUGCAAGGUAGAUUGCAAUUGUUAAAAUCUCAAACACAAUUGAGAAAUAAUCUUAAUAACAUGAACAUCGAAUCUGACGAUGAGGAGGAUAAAGAAAUUUCUAAUAUUAUAGUUAAUAAUGAUGAUUCAGAAAAUGUCACCAUUGCAAACGGUGAGAGUGAUGAUUUCGAAGAAGCUGAUGCUGAGUCAUUUGCUAUUGAUGCAGAAGCAGAAGAAGCUGUAGAUGAAGAUAGAGACGAAGAAGAAGCAGAGGAAGAAGAUUAA